AUGUCCCCCACGUCACUCAACGAGACAGACAUCAGCGAGCAACUCGCUGAUCUCUCUGCAGGAUUAUCUUCACCCUACACCGCCAUGGAGAACCUCCACGCUCAGGCUGACCAUCUCUCCAAUUACUCUACCCCAGAGCACUUCCAGACCAUUACAGAAGCAUGGAAUGAGUUCUGCAGCUGGUGGCAGAAGCCGCAAAACAUCAUCAUGAUCGCUUGUCUUUCCCUGAUGCCCGUUCUUCUCCUCGUCGUUUACGCUUUGCUGAAAGGGGACACGUGGGGAUGGGGCUGCCUCACACCUCUGGGUUUCAACAAGAACAAGAAGGAUGAUUCCCUGCACUCCACUUACACAACCCGACGAUCUCAACGACGUGCUGAAGGCUGGCAGCAGGUUCACCCUCCUCAGAGCCGUGUCCGGAGAAUGGAACCUCGACAGACUGAUUACCCACCUCGCAAGGGAGAGCUUCUGGAUAAUGAAGACAUCCCCCUCACACCCUUGGAAACUCCUUACGAUAGCACAUGCAACACCUUCACUCGUCACUACUCUCGUCUGUUUGAACAUGAAUCUGACAGCAUCCCACAAGACAACUAUAGGAUACCGGCGAGUCAAGUUCAGCAGAGCUCUAGCGGCCAUGGCACUCACACACCUCCUACACCACCGCAUAACCAGACAUCUCCUCCGCAGGACAGGGAUUUGACGGCUCAGAGACCAUCGUCUCGCUCGUCUGAUGAGGCGCCUCCGCCUCCUUAUGAAAACGUAGGACUAGAUAAAAAGUAG